UUUCGAAACUCGCCCCCUCAGUUCGGCUCGUCAUCGAACUCACCCCUCGGAUUCGGGUGCAUGUUCAGCGCCGGUUCUACGCAGGCGCAACCCCUUUUUUCGGUUUUAAUGUCCCGACUGCAUUUCGGUUUCACUUUCAUUCCGAAUUUCGAGGGAAAAGCGCGUUCUACAUCGAAUCGUCCCGGUUCCCGCACGAGUCUCGUCGUUUAGGGAUUUUUGAUUAUUUUUUUUCUCUUCGGAUACACACACACACACCUACGGGGGCGGUGCAAUAUGCAGACCGCUACGAUCGUGUUCAAGACCGAAAGCAAAGAGUUCGGGUUGGCUGGUGGUGCUGUGGUGUCAUCGUCCACGCAGUCCACUAUGAAUGGGACGUCGCACAGGAUCGGGAAUAUGUGCCCGCCUCCCCCGCCGCCGCCGCCUAAGAUCAAAGUGAUUGACAUUAAGCUGGAGGAGCCCAGUAGCUCGAUUCCUGAUCUAGAGUUUGAUGGGACGACGGUUUUGUGCAGAGUAUGUGGCGACAAGGCGUCAGGAUUUCAUUAUGGCGUGCAUUCUUGCGAAGGAUGCAAGGGGUUCUUCAGGCGCAGCAUCCAGCAGAAGAUCCAGUACAGGCCGUGCACCAAAAACCAACAAUGCUCCAUCCUAAGGAUCAACAGGAACCGCUGCCAGUACUGCAGGCUCAAAAAGUGCAUUGCCGUUGGGAUGAGCAGAGAUGCUGUCAGAUUCGGACGGGUGCCCAAACGAGAAAAGGCCAGGAUUUUGGCCGCCAUGCAGCAAAGUUCCAAUUCGCGUUCGUUAGAAAAGGCCAUCGCUGCUGAAUUAGAAGAUGAUCAAAGGCUAUUGGAGACAGUGGUUCGAGCGCAUAUCGAUACAUGCGAUUUUACCAGGGAAAAAGUUGAACCGAUGCUGCAACGAGCCCGGGAUCAUCCCUCUUAUACGGCUUGCCCUCCGACUUUGGCUUGCCCACUGAACCCCAAUCCGCAACCGUUGACCGGCCAGCAGGAAUUGCUACAAGACUUCUCCAAACGCUUCUCUCCGGCCAUCCGCGGAGUCGUGGAAUUCGCAAAACGCAUUCCCGGCUUCUCGCUAUUGGCCCAAGACGAUCAAGUCACCCUGCUGAAAGCCGGUGUCUUUGAAGUGCUACUGGUCCGUUUGGCGUGCAUGUUCGAUUCCCAAACGGCCAGCAUGAUCUGCCUGAACGGACAAGUGUUAAAACGCGAUUCGAUCCAAAACAGUUCGAACGCCCGAUUCCUGAUGGACAGUAUGUUCGAUUUCGCGGAACGCAUGAACUCUUUGAGACUAUCCGACGCCGAAAUCGGUUUGUUCUGUUCGGUGGUAGUGAUCGCCGCCGACCGUCCCGGUUUACGUAACACAGAAUUAAUCGAAAAGAUGCAAAAUAAGUUGAAAGCUUCGUUGCAAAUGGUCGUCGCGCAAAAUCAUCACGGGCAAUCGUGUAUUAUGGACGAAUUGAUAAAAAAGAUACCGGAUUUGCGUACAUUAAAUACGUUGCAUUCCGAGAAAUUGCUGGCUUUUAAGAUGACCGAACAGCAGCAGAUGAUGCAGCAACAACAGCAUUCCUGGAACGGACAUAUGGAGGAAGAAAGUAAUAGUAAAAGUCCUGCAGCGUCUUCUUGGUCGUCUUCAUCGGAUGUAACGAUGGAUGAAGCUAAAUCACCUCUUGGAUCUGUAUCUAGUACCGAAUCAAUGUGCUCAUCAGAAAUGACUUCGAUCCACGAUUACCAGCAUCCCAAUAGCCAUCAUAUCAGCUCAAAUGUAACAAACGCACCUUUGUUAGCGGCUACUUUAGCCGGAGGUGUUUGCCCGCAUAGACAUCGCGCCAAUUCAGGCUCAACUUCAUCAGGAGACGACGAAUUAGCCGCUACAUCACAUCUGAUCCACAACGGCAUUACUAUUACCCCAGUUUCGAGGCCUCUACCGAGAUUCCGGAAAUUAGAUUCUCCCAGCGAUUCCGGUAUAGAAUCCGGUACUGAAAAGGUCGAAAAACCCACUUCGGUAUGUUCGAGUCCGAGAUCAUCAGUCGACGAUCACCAUAUCGUCGAAGAUAUGCCGGUUUUGAAACGCGUCUUGCAAGCACCUCCGUUGUACGAUACAAAUUCUUUGAUGGACGAAGCGUAUAAGCCGCACAAGAAGUUUAGAGCGUUGAGGAAUAAAGAUUCCGCCGAAGCUGAACCUGCGGUGGUGAUGUCGCCGCAACCGCAGCAAAUGCACCAAUCACUACUGCAGUCACAGCUCUCAGCAACGCAAUCAACGCUGUCCAGUUCCCAUUCGAUGCUGGCCAAAUCUUUAAUGGAAGGUCCCAGAAUGACGGCUGAGCAAAUGAAGCGCACCGAAGUUAUCCAUAAUUUCAUCAUGCGCGGCGAAUCUCCCUCUACCGCUUCUCCGAUGGUGACGGCGGCUCCUACGGCGUGCCCGUACAAAUCCAGCGCGUCGUUGUUGCAACCGGCUUGGGCGACGAGCGUUAUUACCACGACAGCGCGUCAGAAUCAGAUGCACAGCAGUCAAACGCCGCCUCCGCAACACCAGGACUACAAUCGGUUGUACCUGCACGCGCAGUCGCCGCAUUCGACGUCGCCGGCUCCCCCGCAGUCCAGAUCUCCCUUACUGACGGCUUUACCGAAAAUGGUGGAGCUGCAGGUGGACAUUGCGGAUUCGCAGCAACCGCUCAAUCUGUCCAAGAAAUCACCGUCCCCGUCGCCGAGGCCGAUGAAGGUGGUCACUUUAGAGGUGUAA